GUGGAUGGCAAUGGCAUUGGCCUGCAGGCUGCAGCAUGACUUGUCUGCCAACCCAAACCGUGCGUGGAUAGACAGUUUGUUUAUAUUAAGCAAGGCAAUUCCAGGCAAGGCAGGCAUGUCCUUCAAUUCCUUCCUUCCUUCCUUGAAAAAGCUGGCCUCUAUCUAUCUUGUCCUGGCUGGCCGUCUCUCUCUCUCUCUCUCUCUCUCUCUCGAUCCUCCUGCUUCGAUCACCUUCUUCCCCCACGGCAUCGAUCGCCGGCCGCCGUCUUCUUUAAUUCAAUCCUCAGCAACGAACAACAAGAAGUAAAAUGCUGAGCUGGCUUCGUCGCUUCCCCCACGACGUGGUCCACAGGAAGGAGAACGCCGGCCGGAGGACCUCCUCCACCACCACCUGGAGGAACAGGAGCAGCAGCUUCACCGCCCGGAUCAUCCGCUGCGCCUCCUCCGUCGUCGACGCCACAGCCAAGCACGACGACGACGACGACUGCCCGCUGCCAUCGUCGCCUCCUCCUCCAGCGCCGCCACCACCACCGGAAGACGAUCGCGUCACCGUGGUGUCGGCCCAGGCCUUCUCGUUCCGCGAGCUGGCGGAGGCCGCAGGCAACUUCCGGCAGGACAAGUUGAUCGGCGAGGGCGGGUUCGGGCGUGUGUACAAGGGCCGACUGCCGGCCGGCGAGCAGGAGGAGCAGCAGCGGGUGGUGGCGGUGAAGCAGCUGGAUCGGAACGGGCGGCAGGGCAACAGCGAGUUCGUGGUGGAGGUGCUGAUGCUGAGCAUGCUGCACCACCCCAACCUGGUGCGCCUGGUGGGCUACUGCGCCGAGGGCGAGCAGCGGCUGCUGGUGUACGAGUACAUGGCGCUGGGAUCCCUGGAGGACCACCUGCUGCUGCCCAUGCGUAGAGACGAUGCGCUGCUGCCAUGGCGCACCAGGAUGAGGGUCGCGCACGGCGCCGCAAGGGGGCUCGAGUACCUGCACGACAGGGCCGUCAUCUACCGCGACCUCAAGUCCUCCAACAUCCUCCUCGCCGACGACUACAGCCCGAGGCUCUCCGACUUCGGCCUCGCAAGGCUCCUCCCGCUGCCAUCCUCCUCCUCGUCGUCGUCGUCGUCCUCCUCCUCCUCAUCAGGCACCGGCCGCAGCAGGGUGAUGGGCACUUACGGCUACUGCGCCCCCGAGUACCUCCGCACGGGCAAGCUCAGCGCCAAGUCGGACGUCUACAGCUUCGGGGUGCUGCUGCUGGAGCUCAUCACCGGCCGGCGGGCCAUCGACGCCAGCCAGCCGGAUGGCGAGCAGAGCCUGGUGGGAUGGGCGGCGACCAUGUUCGGCGACCCCAGGAGGUUCCAGGAGCUGGUGGACCCCCGGCUGGUGAUGGCGAUGCAGGGGCCUCCGGCGUCGGAGCUGAAGCAGGCGGUGGGGGUGGCGGCCAUGUGCUUGCAGGAAAACCACGCCCUGCGCCCCGUCAUGACCGACGUCGUCAUCGCACUCUCCUUCCUCGCCGCCUCCACUACCCAUGAUCAUCACCAUCAUCAUCCUCCUCCUCUUCGACCUUCUCCUGAUCCAUCAUAUGCUAGCUAGAAUCUGAUGCAUACAUGGCUCUUCGAUUCGAUCGUUAUGCAUGCAUGCGAUGUAAAAAGUGGGCGCGCGGUAAGAAACGAAAUUACAUACACGGUAGCUAGCUAGGGAUUACUACAAGGGAAAAGAAAAGUGAUUGGCUCUUCAAAUCCUCA